AUUAUUUUUUUUCAAGAAAUUUACCACAAAAAUAUGAAUAACUCAAAUAGAAUAAUUCCGUUUGCUUUCAAAAGCUCUGAACACGGCUCAUACGAAGAUGAGAUGAUGGAAAUGGAAGACGUAGUCGAUGUAGAGGACUAUAUGGGCGGAGAAAAAUAUGAUUCUUAUAAUGAUGCAAAAGAAGAUAUUAAAGAUUUUAAGACGACUCAAAGAAUGAAAAAAAUCCAUCGAAUGGAAAAAAUUGAGCAAAACAUUGCCUCAGAGAAAAUCGAUAUAAUCGAGCUUGGAACACGUGUGAUGGUGUCGACAUCGGAUAAAACGCUCAAUGAAGCUUCAUUGGAGAGAACCAUCCGUUGCGGAAUAUCUGAAGCCACAUUUCUCGGAGAUAUUUCUAUGGAAUCGCUGGUAGAAGGUAUGGUGAAUCCAUCGGCGGCUGAUGGAAGGUUUGCAAUGCUUGGAACGUCUAUUAUGCUAAAUGCGCUAAAGUCAAACAUUAAAGACCUGAGAGGAACAAUUGUAGGACAGACGACCAACACAAAUUCAGAGUCAAAAUUCGAUAAAAUCGAUUUAAGUCUAAUGAAUCUCUCGCAUUGCCAACAAACUUCUUACAAUAUUCGAGCAACAGGUGUAUUCUCUAAUGCCGAUCUUCAAUAUGUGUUCAGUUUGCUGACGUUCCGCAGAAACGCAAAACUUCUCAACAAAACCAAGCAGUUUAUAAAAGCAUAUUUUUGUGUUGCGUGCCGUCCGAGAUGCAUGAUCUGGAGAUAUACUUUAAGAAGAGCUGGAAAUAGUCAAAGAAGAGCCAUUCUUAACUUACCAUCCGCCAUUGUUUCAACUAUUACUCAGUUUCUGCUCGAUUUGACAGGAAUUAGCGAUGCAAACAUCCCAUACGAUCAGCUCGAUCCAAUGACACCACUAUCAAUUUCACUUGGAGAAGAUGAAUCAAUGCGUGUUCAACGAUAUGAAGAAGCUUGUCGAUUGAAGGAUCCAUUGACGAGAUUCUUUCGAGAUGCAAUUACAGAUUGCUUAAAUGAGCUCCGAGAGAUGCCGUUUUGCCUGAACACGGGCAUUCUGUUGAGCCCGUUGCGUGGUCGAGAACAAGGAACUUCUUGUGUUACAUGGAAAGAUUAUGAAGGAUUUUUGAAAAGAGAACACGAUCUGCCUUCCGAAGCGAAUAUGAAGAAGCGAACGCAGUUUGAACAACGGCUCUGCGACAUUAUUCCACGUGUACGUCGACCGGUUCCCAAUUGAAAAAAUGUUUAACUUAUCAAUUUUCGAUCUCUUGAAUACGUUGUUUCCAAUCAACUUUAAUGAAUAAUAUUCAUGUUUU